UGCUCCAGAUUAUGUCCCUUUUCUUUAAUUGACAUUCCCUUGGGCCUAACUCUGUCAUGAAUUACAGUUACGGUCACUGCUUGUGGGGCCCACUGGAUUAUUCCUUUAAGAUGUUCAUUUUGUAUUUAAUCUCUUCUGGGUGGGCUACCCUGGGCCAUUGCUUUCCUAUUUGCUUGCCCUGUCUUUCCUGUGUGACUUGUAUCUUCUAGAUCCUCUGUGGUUGCUGAACUGUAGCAGGGGAAAGAUGAGUGCCUGAUUGAGAGGUCCUGACUAGCCACAGCAAAAGAGGCAUGGACAGGCCCUGGUUGUUGGCAUGGAGUGGAGAAUGAAGAGGCACCUUCUGAACAGAGUGUUUCUGUAGCAGUGUCACAUGUUCAUACUUUCAAGGCAGAUUCAUCGAACCAUAUGGCUCACCCUUGCGACUUAUGUGGCCCAAUCUUGAAAGAUAUUUUGCACCUGGAUGAACACCAAGAAACACACCAUGGACUGAAACCUUACACAUGUGGGGCAUGUGGGAGACAAUUCUGGUUCAGUGCAAACUUUGACCAGCACCAGAAGCUGUACAAUGUAGAGAAACUAUUAAGAGGAGACAAAGGCAGGACCUCAUUUGUGAAGAACUGUAGGGCUUGUGAAGAACCUCACCUGUCAGAGAAGCCCUUUGCAUGUGAGGAGGAGCAGAAGAACUUCCAGACUAGUUUGGGGAGUCACCAGCAAAAGGCCACCCACAGCAAGAGGAAAACAAGGAGCACUGAGAGCAGGGAGGCCUAUCACAUUGGACAAAUGCAUUACAAGUGCAGUGAAUGUGGGAAAGCUUUCAGUCGCAAAGAUACACUUGUCCAGCACCAGAGAAUCCAUACUGGAGAAAAGCCUUACGAGUGCAGUGAAUGUGGGAAAGCGUUCAGCCGCAAAGCCACACUUGUCCAGCACCAGAGAAUCCACACAGGAGAAAGGCCUUAUGAGUGCAGUGAAUGUGGAAAAGCCUUUAGCCGCAAGGACAACCUUACUCAGCACAAAAGAAUUCACACUGGAGAAAUGCCUUAUAAGUGUGGCGAAUGUGGCAAAUACUUCAGCCAUCACUCCAACCUAAUUGUACACCAGAGAGUUCACAAUGGAGCAAGGCCUUAUAAGUGCCACGAUUGUGGAAAAGUCUUCAGACACAAAUCCACACUUGUUCAGCAUGAGAGUAUCCACACUGGAGAAAAUCCUUAUGUUUGCAGUGAAUGUGGGAAAUCCUUUGGCCACAAAUACACCCUCAUUAAACACCAGAGAAUUCAUACUGAGGCAAGGCCUUUUGAGUGCAUUGAAUGUGGGAAAUUCUUUAGUCGAAGCUCUGACUUUAUUGCACACCAGAGAGUUCACACAGGUGAAAGGCCUUUUGUGUGCAGCAAAUGUGGGAAAGAUUUCAUCAGAACCUCCCACCUUGUUCGGCACCAAAAAGUUCACACUGGAGAAAGGCCAUAUGAAUGCAAUGAAUGUGGAAAAUCGUAUAGCUUAAGCUCCCAUCUCAUUAGGCACCAGAAAGUUCACACUGCCAGAAGGCUUUAGGAGUGCUUCCAACACAACAGAACUCAUGGCGAGGAACUCUGUGACUGCCUUUAGAGAGGGAGACAUCAAUCGUGUCGAACCACAUAUAUCUGGACAUUAAUACUGUGGAGUAUUUAUGAAUGCCAGGUGCAGGGAAAGCUUUCAGGGGUUAUGUUGCACUUUCAGACCUGCUCAGGUUCCUUGCCAAAUUUGUUAGUGUCAGUACCUGUGGCUGAAACCAUCUCAGAUCUACCAGCUUAAUUACCCUAAUAUUCUUAAGGGAGGCAGAACUUCAUACUCUCUUCAAUCCCUGGAGGAAAUUAUAAGAAACCUGAAUUAAAUGGUGGUCCUCAUUUGCUCCCUUCUGACCAGAAAAGGUGUGGACAUGAUCCACCUUUAGCCAAGAGGACCUGAGCUGUGUUCUGGUAGCAGAAAAGGUUUACUUUAUUCAUGGACAUUGUUGGUCUCAUGUGAUACUUGUGAUGAAUUUUUCCAGCCUCCAAGUCACCCAGGCUGGAUAACUACUUGCCUCAUGUUGCUCUGGUUUGUGUGGUAAUAAAUACCUUAUUAUUUAAGCCAC